AGCGCCCUGGUCACCUCCUUCGAGGGGAAGCACGGCAGCGUCCGCUACUGCGUCAAGGCCACGCUGCGCCGGCCCUGGGCGCCCGCGCGCCGCGCCCGCCGCGCCUUCACGGUCAUCCAGCCGGUAGACAUCAACUCACCCGCGCUGCUGGCCCCGCAGGCGGGCGUUCGUGAGAAGAUGGCCCGGCCCUGGUGCGGCCCGCGCGGCCUGGUCUCGCUGGCAGCCAAGAUCGAGCGCAAGGGCUUCACGCCAGGAGAGGUCAUCCCCAUCGAGGCCGAAGUGGACAACGCGUGCGCCCGGCCCGUGCGGCCCCGCGCCGCCCUGGUGCAGACGCAGACGUUCCUGGCCCGUGGCGCGCGCAAGGAGAAGCGCACGGUGCUGGCGAGCGGCGCGGGCGCGCCGGUGGGGCCGGGGCGGCGGGCGCGGUGGCGGGGCCCCGCGCUGCGCAUCCCGCCCGUGGCGCCGUCCAUCCUGCAGUGCCGCGUGCUGCAGGUCUCCUACUCGCUCAAGGUCUGCGUGGACAUCCCCGGCACGUCCAAGCUGCUGCUGGAGUUACCCCUGGUCAUCGGCACGGUCCCCCUCCAUCCCUUCGGCAGCCGCUCGUCCAGCGUGGGCAGCCAGGCCAGCUUCCUGCUCGACUGGGUGCCGGGCGCCCUGCUGGGGCCGCUGGAGGGUGAGGCGCCUGGGGGUCCCCAGGUCCGGGCUGUGAGGGGCUCCCAUCAGGAUGCACUCAG